AUGGAAGAGCAGAUCUACCGCUUCCUGCUCGACGAUGUCGCGCUGGACGUGUGCUUCGAGAUGCACCGCCAGAUCUCGGUGGACGGACUGAGCCUCGAGGAGCUCUACGACGUCGAGCCCAUCGAGCGGACAGUGGACACGCCCGUCGUGGAGCAGGACAGCGUGUUCGUGAGCUGCCUCUACUGCAAGCGACAGGUGCACGCGUCUCGGUACACGAACCACCUCGAGAAGUGCAUGACAGGCAGCAGACGCAUGGUGACCCCAAAGCAGCGGCAGGACGCGGCCCGGGAGACCGAGCGCAAGCAGCUGCAGAUACUGGGCAAGCCGCAACUCUACGGAGCCCACGCGCCCUAG